AUGAGUGGAUUAUUCAGGACAACCUCUAUGUCUGAAAGUGAGAAUAGCUUCUUUGGAAAGUAUUCAAACCCAUAUGCUAAUUUGCUUGAGUUUUUUAUGCAUUUUGAUAGUGCAUUGGAUGCCCAGAGGCAUGCCCAGGAUCAGCUGAACAUGGGAAAUGAUGUUGUAGUUGGCGAGAAAAACUCGGUCUACGAGAUUGAUGAUGGUCUCACUGGAAUUUCUAAAGUUGUUUAUGAGAGAAAUGAGAACACAACGACAUGUACUUGCAAGAAAUUUACGAGGAUUGGUAGAUUAUGCAGCCACAUAUUUUUUGUGUUCAAAGAUUUGAAGCUUGAAAGCAUUCCUGAAAAAUAUAUAGUUAGUCGCUGGACAAAGCAUGCAUCGCUGAAACCCAUAUUCGUCGUGGAUGGUAAUAUAGAGUUAAUGAACGGGUUCCUAACUUGCCUAAAAGAUCAGAAAGAGAUGAUUGGGUCAGUUCAAGGAAAGCAAUCAGAUCCUGGCAUGAAAAAAUGUUUAUUUGAGAAGUAUUAUGGAGCUCCAUUGCCAAGCGAAGUUGAAGUGCUACCCCCAGCCCCAGUGAAAAAUAAAGGUAGUGGAAGUAGAUUGAAAUCUAGGAAGGAAAAGGCUAUCGAACGAAGCAAAAAGCCAUUGCGUAUGUGUAGUAAGUGUAAGCAGAAAAGUAGCCAUGAUGCUAGAAAUUGUGAUAAAUUUUCCAGUUGA